GAGAGGAGGAGGAGGAGUCAAAGGAUGAAGAGAUCUGUCUAUGUUCAGUUAAAAAGGAGGAAGAGGAGUUUAGGACUCCGGAGAUGAAGAGGAGGAGGAGGACGGAGGGAUUCUCUGCAGAAAUGAUGAAGACGGAAGAGGAGAGCGCGUGAAAAAAGAAAAAGUUUAUAAAAUAAAAGCUAGGAUUAAACAGAAGAGAAAAAGAUCGGUUUUACUCUGUGAAGAUUUAUCAGGUCAUGAGGAUGACGGCGCUCCAGGAUCAGUGUGGGCGGAGCUGGCCUCUCUUCUGCCCGACGGUCCGAUGCUCCGCCUUCGCCUGCAGCUGUCCCGCCUUCACACCGGGAAGUGUCCAGAUCCGGUCAUGUGACCUCUGCGGUCACGGAUGGGUCGCACACGGUCUGGAGAAGCUCCCGGCCCCGCCCACCUCUGGCCCAGUAGAGGUGGUUCUACCUGGACUGGUGUUUGACCUGGGGGCUCUGGUUCUGUACCGGGCUCAGGCCGUACCCGUACGACUGAAGAUCUUACUGGACCGGCUCUUCAGCGUCUUGACUCCGGAUCAGGUCUCCAACAUCCUGAACUCUCUGGGUUGGAGUCUGGGGGAUUAUGUGAGAGGAUACAUGCUGCAGGGUCCCGGCGGGAGCGUUCUGGACCGUUGGGUCAUGGUGACCCCUGAAGAAGAGCUGCUUCUCUUCAAACAGUUCCUUCGUUUCGGCGAGACCCGGCCCAUCGUUGAGAUGAUGACGCCUCAGGGUCUGGACGCCACCGACCGAACCUUUGGUCCAGAAACCAAACCUGCUCCAAAGAGCUGCCAGCAGGACCUGAGGAGCCCAGAGAUGGCGCUGGUCCGGAUCAAGAACACUCAGGAACCUUCAGGUCUGCUGGAGGACAACAACAACUACUUGGAGAACGUUCCCGGACUGUCUUCACUGCUGCCGUUCCACUCCCUACAGUCAGAUCCCUGCAGUUCAGGAGCUUCUAUGAAGGAGCGACUUCCCUUCAGGAACCUCUCAAAGGUCGUUCUAGACCCCUUCACCACAAAACCGGCUGAGAACAAGCAGGAAGCAGCAAGACUCAAACCCGAUCGUGAUCCGACGCUUCAUCAAACGUUAAAAAUCAAAGCCGACCCCGACGACCUGAGACGACCCCAAACGCUGUGGCCCUCCCCCAGAGAGCAGGAGCUCCUCCUUCAGAGGGGAGCGCCUGAACAUGACGCCACUUCUCCUUUUACUCCGGCACUGAUCCCAUCACUGACCCGCUCGUCCUUCAGUCCGUCCGUGCCCUCUUCACCGUCCUCUCCUCUGCAGAAGUCUUCCUCUCCUCUUCAACCUCUCCCAUCCUUCUCCUCCUCCUUCUGUCCUUCAUCUCGUUCUUCCUCUUCUUCAUCGCUUCAUCCUGUGAAGUUUUUAUCCUCUCAACUGCAUCCUCUCCCGACCUCCCUCUGUUCCUUCUCUCCUCCUUUCCCUGCCGGAGGUCGGAAGGGCCGAGUCCACUGUGGAUUUUGUGGGAAGAGUUUCUACGAUAAAGGAACUCUGAAGAUCCACUACAACGCCGUCCACCUGAAGAUCAAACACCGCUGCACCGUCGCAGGCUGCACCAUGGUCUUCAGCUCGCUGCGGAGCCGGAACCGACACAGCUCCAACCCGAACCCGCGACUGCACACCGGCGCCCACAGAGACGUGCACGGCGACCCUCCGAGUCACGACUCGAUGAAGAACUUCCAGGAACGGCGUCUGCUCAGAGACAGACGCUUCAGGAAACUCUCGUGGUUUAGUGGUUUCAAUGCAGCGACCAUGAAAAAAGCUCCAAUCAGGAGCAGGUUUGAGGCCAACUGUGACAUCACUGCAGACAAUAACCAGGUCUUCGUCCUGAAUCGACCACAGACUCCUCCUCUGGACUCCCCUCCCUCCUGCUCCUCCUUUGGUCAGCUGCUGUCAGACUUCUCCUGCAGCCUGAGCGGCCAGCGGUCAGCUGGACCUCUACCGAAGAAGAAAUCCAGGAAGUCCAGCAUGCCGGUGAAGAUAGAGAGAGGGAUGACGGAGAGGAGGAAGCUCCAGGAGGAAGAGGAGAGCUGAGAUAUUCUGACCUGAUCUGAGAGUCAAAACACUGAGAAAAGAGGCAGAACAAUGAGAAGGUCCUCAUGUAUUUAUAUAUGGAGAUUUUAAUGUAUUUCAUAUUUAUUUAUGAUUAAUAACCUACAAACUUUACUGACCAUUUAAAUAUGUUCUUUAUACAUUACUUAAUAAUUUACACUUUUUUUCUAUAUUUAAU